CAAUGUUACACAGGAGAUUUACACAGGACAUUGCCUCGCACCAUGACCAGCCGCCCUUGAAGCAAUACAGAGAUAUAUAAUACGGUGCAAGUUGUGAUAUUUCAAGAUGUCAGUCCCGAAGUACUAUCCUACUAUCCCUGACGUAACCUAGAUAUCCUAUGGGAAACGGACCUAUGCCUAGCCAUGUAUAUUUUGUGAAGUUUACCCCCUUUUGUUCGGAGUAAACGUGUGUGUACCCAUCACCUGCAGCAACAUUCCCCUCUCGAGGAUGGCCAGUCUCUCUACAACAUUGUAUCAAAACAAUGGACGAAACAUAGUUAUUGUGAUCAUCAAAUGAAACAUAUUUAAUCAUUCUAAUUUGGAUGAAAGUCGUUACCUGUCUGACAUUUACCGACGAGUUGAUCAACAAUAAACACAAUGCCGUUUAAUUCUAAAUCCCAACAACCACAACUACGCUCGUUCAAACACAACGACAGCGAGUCUAACGGUGUCGCUGCAGUGUACGUUAUAUCUGGUGACACCGACAAGGCGACACCUAGUGACGGAAAUCUACAAAUACAGGAUGCCGUGGAUACUUCCAAAGAUGACAAAUCAAAGGACAGUGAUGAGGAUAAGAAAGUCACUUUACUCCAGUUGUUCCGCUUCGCUGAUAAAAAAGACGCUUUGUUGAUGCUCGUGGGAACGUUGACGGCAGUGGGGUCAGGCAUCUUGCUCCCGUUAAAUCUCAUCUUCUAUGGAAGAGUCAUCAGUCUCUUUGUAGGCGGCAGAAGUUCAAACAACAUAACUGGCACAAAUGUGACAAAUCCGUAUGCAAGUUUAUAUGAACAGACCUCGGAAAUCGCCAUUGUAUUUUGUAUAAUUGGCGUGAUGGCUUUGGUAACGGGUUACCUAGCAGUGGCCAUGUGGUCAUGGACUUCAGAACGUCAGAUUCGACAAGUCAGGAUCCACUUCUAUCGAUCUGUGAUGAAACAAGACAUCGCCUGGUUUGACGGUCACAAGAGUGGCGAGUUGACUACAAGGUUCUCAGAGGAUAUGCUGCAGAUCCAUGAUGGGAUGGGGGACAAACUGGCUGUGUUCCUCCAGUGGAUGUUUACCUGGCUGGCGUCUGUCAUCAUAUCCAUUGCUCUGAACUGGAAGCUUGCACUCGUCGCCCUGUCAUUUAGUCCCUUCAUUGUGCUCAUAUCUGGAAUCCUCAUUGGAUAUGCUCGGAAUGUGACGAAGCAGGAAGCGAUGAAGUACGCUAAAGCAGGUGCAGUGGCGCAGGAAGUGUUCAGUUCAAUACGGACAGUACACGCGUUCCAGGGACAGGAGAAAGCGUGCAGCAGGUACGAUGUCAACCUCGCUGAGGCGAAAAGCAUGGCAGCUAAAAAGGGCCUGGCUGUUGGACUGACGGCGAGUGGCUUCUGGAUAAUCGUCUUCCUCGACUUUGCUAUAUCCUUUUGGUAUGGCGUGUAUCUCCUCCAGAAUGAAGCCUUGGACCCCGGUGUUAUACUACCCAUAUUAAUAAACGUCAUGAUUGGAUCAACGUCUCUGGGCAUGGCUUUCCCUUACUUGGAGAACUUAUCCACCUCCUUCGGGGCGGCUGGGAAGAUCUUCACCAUCAUAGACCAUGUGCCUACUAUAGACAGUUCAUCGGACGAGGGGCUUCAACCGCAAGAAGUUCUGGGAGACAUAGAGUUCCGGGAUGUGGGUUUCACAUACCCCAUGAGGCCAGACACUCAGAUUCUCAAUGGAUUUAACCUGAAGGUACCCAAGGGAAAGGUAGUCGCUCUUGUUGGGCCAAGUGGGUGUGGCAAGAGCACGACCAUACAGCUGCUACAGCGCUUUUACGACCCUAAGGAUGGCCAGAUUCUGCUCGAUGGCGUUGACGUCCGGAACCUCAAUAUUGGCUGGCUACGUCAACACAUCGGCAUUGUGAGUCAAGAGCCCGUGCUGUUUGCAACCACUAUUGCUGACAACAUCCGCUACGGCAACGUGGGCAUUGACAGGGCUGGCAUAGAGAAGGCGGCCCGAGAAGCCAACGCUCACGACUUUAUAACACAGUUACCGCAGGGGUAUGACACUAUUGUUGGAGACCAAGGGGGACAACUCUCUGGUGGACAGAAACAACGGGUAGCAAUUGCUCGGGCUUUGGUUCGUAACCCCAAGAUUCUGCUGCUAGAUGAGGCAACCUCCGCCCUGGACCACGAGAGUGAAGCCAUUGUGCAAAGUGCCCUUGAGCAGGCCGAACGAGGGCGCACAACAAUUGUGAUAGCUCACCGUCUGUCGACCGUCAAAAACGCUGACGUAAUAGCGUCCAUUUGUCAUGGUCAGGUGGUAGAACAAGGAACUCAUGACCAACUGAUCGCAAAUGGCGGACUGUAUUCACGACUAGUGGCACUGCAAGCGAAGGCGGCAGAGUCUGCAGAUGUGGAUAUGGCUGAUGUUGACAUCGUGGAUGAUUCUGAUGGGAGUGAUGAGGAAGAUUCCAUCCUAGAUCCCACCUUUGAGAGGACGUUGUCCAAUGGGAAAGACCAUCUCCAUGUCAGACUGAGAUCUGGCUCCGGACGCAAAAUGAAAAACCCUGAUACAGAAGAGCAUGCAGAGACAGUUGAGGAAGAUGAAUCCAUGUCAACAGUGAGUUUCAAGAGGAUACUUCGUCUCAACGCUCCAGAAUGGUUAUUCCUGCUGUUUGGCAGCCUUGGUGCACUUGUGUCUGGUCUGCUGAUGCCAGUGUUUGCCUUCAUGAUAUCAGAGUUUAUUCGAAUCUUUGGAAUGAGUGAUUCUCCCGAAGAACAGAUGCAUCAGACUGUAAUCAUGUGUUGUGUAAUGGGUGGGUUAGGAUUCAUCAACGCUGUCGCAAGGUUGUUGCAGGCAUACUGCUUCUCCAAGUCUGGCGCUGGCCUAACUGCCCGUGUUCGAAGUGUAGCCUUUGCGUCCAUAGUGAACCAGGACAUGGACUUCUUCGAUGACCGGAAGAAUCAAGUAGGUUAUCUUACCACGCGACUGGCAGCAGAUGCACAGGUUCUUCAGUCGACUACAUCUCAGGUCGGAUCCAUUCUGGAAGCUCUGGGAACCGUGAGUGCUGCCCUGGUCGUCGCCUUCAUAUAUGGCUGGAAGCUGGCUCUCACUAUUCUGUGUUUUAUGCCGAUAAUGAUUGGAGCCGGCAUCAUUCAAGGACGGAUAUUUAAGGGAUUCUCCAAAGCUGACAAGGAAUUUGUAGAGCAGGCUGGAAAGAUCUGCUCGGAAACGACUGCCAACAUUCGCACUGUAGCAUCUCUUAACACGGAGAAGGUCUUUGUAGACAAAUAUGAAGACAUUAUUACCCAAAUAUGCAAUGCUGGUGUGAAGAGGUCCCACAUCCGAGGAUUUGCCCACGGGUUCUCCCAGUGCAUUUUAUAUUUCGCUUAUGCAGCAGCAUUUACCUAUGGAUCGUAUCUGGUACAGACUGGGGAAAUGCAGUUUUUCGAAGUAUUCAGAGUUUUCGCAUCAAUUGUGUUUGGGGGUCAACAGAGUGGAAGAGCUACUUCUUCCUCUAACGAUUAUGCGAAAGGCAAGAUGGCGGCAGGGCGUCUGUUUGCAGUCAUCGAUAGAACACCGGAGAUAAGCACAGAGACUUCGAAAGGAAAGACGCUUGAUCACUACAGUGGGGCAAUCACUUUAACCAACGUACACUUCCGCUACAAAUCUCGGCCGAAUGUGACUGUGCUGAAAGGUCUGAGUUUCGAUGUCCAGCCCGGAGAGACUCUAGCCCUGGUGGGCAGCAGUGGCUGUGGCAAGAGUACCACCAUACAACUCAUCGAGCGCUUCUAUAACAUCGAAAAUGGAGCGAUGAUAGCAGACAAAUCCCCGAUCCCCAGUCUAGAUCUCAAGUGGUGGCGAUCACAGUUAGCGCUUGUAUCACAGGAACCUAUUCUUUUCGACUGCAGCAUAGCAGAGAACAUCGCCUACGGUGACAACUCCCGUGCGGUGUCUAUGGACGAGAUUAUAGCAUCAGCCAGAAUGUCAAACAUCCAUUCCUUUAUCGCAUCUUUACCUCUGGCGUAUGACACUAACGUUGGAAGCAAAGGGACGCAACUCUCUGGUGGACAGAAACAAAGGGUAGCCAUUGCUCGGGCUCUUGUCCGGAAUCCCAAGGUGCUUCUUCUGGACGAGGCUACAUCUGCCCUGGACACUGAGAGCGAGAAGAUUGUCCAGGAGGCAUUGGACAGGGCCCGAGCAGGUCGGACAUGCAUUGUCAUCGCCCACAGACUGUCCACUGUCCAGAACGCGGACAAGAUCGCGGUCGUGAAACAAGGGGAGAUAAUCGAAGUGGGAACACACACAUAUCUGUUAGCAUUGAAAGGAGCAUAUUACAAUCUUGUCCAGGCUCAAAAUAGGAAGAAGAAAAAUUCAGAGUAACGUCGUGUACAGAUCCGGAGGUUACAGUCAUUGUCGUUCCCGAAGACGACAAUCCAUACAGUUGACCACCAUCUAACUUCACCAGGAUGUGGGGACAUGGCGACCAAACCAUUAUUCACAAACUAACUAACUAACUAACUCUCUAAAUGGACGUUAAAUUACAUUACUUCUCUUUCCGAGUUUAUUGAGCGCAUUGUCAUAAUCCAUUCAUCAGUCAGGCAUAUGUCAUGUACGUUGAAGAGAACGGAUCAAACCCUAUCGCCUUA